AUGGUGAACAACUUCACGAUCCAUGACGAGAACGACGAAAACUUCCUGUCUCCCACCUUGAGUCGGAGAUCCUCCUCUAGAAAGGCGCUGGGACAGAUCGACGCAAAUGUUGACAAGGCCAAGGAGGGCAAGGCCAAGAAGAGAGACUCAUCCUUGGGAGGCAGUUUUGCUGCCCCAACCCCUGCCUGCACUCCUUUCGAUGCCAAGAAAGUCCAGUCGGUGAGGAUAGAGCAGGAGUCUUUCAACUCGGCUCUGUCUGAAAAGUUCGACGGGUGUGUGUUGGAAGAAGCGAGCCCCAAGCUCAGCUACAGGAGUGCUCUGCUCAUCUCCUCCCUCGUCCUCCUCCUUGGCGUGGCUACCUUGCACAUGCAGGCUCAAGGCACAGUUCCUGUUGCCUUGCAGCAUGCUUUCACGAGCGACAGCCCUCCUGCUCAGACGCCGGAGGAUGUCGUUCAGGUCCAUCCAUCCCCAGAUGAUGAAGGUCCAGUGCUUACCCCUCAAGAGCCUGCGGUGGAGGAAUCCAUUGCACAUGCUCAGGAGACGGAGCAAUCAGUUGAGGCAGAAGAGAGCGUGGAGGAGGCGAAUACCUGGGACGAGGCUAUUCUCAGCGGUCCCAUGCAGAUCUCCUCCUCCUCCUCCGAGGGCGUGGCUGCUGGGUUUGCUCGAUUGACAGUUCAAGGAGAUCUGUACGUGUUCGACCUGCCGGACUCGAGCUGGUACAGCCAGGCGUUCAAGGUGGAUGGGUGUGCGUACAAGAGAAAGAAUGCGCUCUGGGUGGACAGGUCGAACUGCAUCCCCGUCUACACCAGGGAGGAGGAGAUGAGAUCCUGUUUCCCGGAGAGAGAGGAAGCAACGGACUGGAUCAUGACUUUGUCGUCGAUUCAGUGUUGA